AUGUACAGGGAGGAGGAGAAAGAGAGAGAGAGAGAGAAACAGCAAGGGUCUGACAGUGUAUGUCUGUCUACAGAGCAGUUUCUGAAGAGGCGAAGGACAGCGCUGUGGUUCUCCACUGCUCUGCUUCUCCUCUCGGUGGUCAUCCUGGUGGUGGGCCUGGUGUCGGCCACCCGGACCGGGAACGUGGCUGUUGCCGGUUACUACCCUGGGAUAAUUCUAAGUUUUGGAGCUUUCCUGGCCAUUGUUGGAAUAAACCUGGUAGAGAACCGAAGGCCCAUGCUUGUGGCAUCAAUUAUCUUCGUUAGCAUCGGUGUGAUCGCUACCUUCUUCUGUGCUAUUGUGGAUGGGAUCAUUGCCGCUGAGUUCAUUGACAAACGGCCCCUGGAGGAAGGCAGGUGUGACUUCUAUGCCAGCGGGACAGGGUACGCCUAUGACAACUACUACACAGAGGUGACAUGCUACUCUUUUAACAGCAAGUGUAAGAUCCGGGUGAGGAGCAACACCUGCUACUGCUGCGACCUGCACAGCUGUGAGAGCCCGGACUACCACGCGCAAUACUACGAAUACACAGGUGUGAGUGGCUGCAUGGACGCGAUACACCUGUACCGCCUGCUCUGGUCCUCUGUGGUGCUCAACAUUUUUGGCCUGUUCCUGGGCAUCAUCACUGCGGCCAUCCUGGGAGCCUUCAAGGACAUAAAUCCUGCCCCACAGAGUUCCCCCAGUCCGGCUCCACCUCCCCACAUUUUGUACAAUCCCACGCAACACGUCCUGACCUAUGCUGGAUUCUGCCCCUCUGGCCAGGCGCUGCCCUCAUACCCCAACUACCCGCUUCCCUUACAGCACCAUGGAACUUACCAGCCCCCUCCUGCAGCACAGCCUGUCCCAGAUGCACCAGCAUCCCCGUCCGAGGAGAGCCAGCCCCCCUCCCAGGCCUCGUCCAGCUACAUGCUGACCCCGAACGCCCCUGUGCUUUAUGGGACAUCUUACGGUCCCUUCGAGAAACCGCCACCGUACGCCUGCUGA